CCGGCCGGUCAGUGAGCGGCGGCGUGUUCCCGCAGGUACCCGCUGUUCCAGAGGGGCGGCCCGCAGCUGCGGAUCUUCCGUCCCAACUUCUUCAUGCUGUUGGUGCGGCCCGGCGUGCCCCAGCCCGAGGACACCGUGCAGUUCCGCGUGUCCAUGGAAAUGACAAAAUUGGAUAUCAGGAAUUACCUUCAAAGAAUAUACAAUGUGCCAGUAGCUGCUGUGAGGACCAGGAUACAGUAUGGUGCAAACAACAAGAGGAAUCACAGGAAUCAAAGAGUGAAGAAGCCAGAUUACAAGGUUGCCUAUGUACAGCUGGGCCAAGGACAAACCUUUCAGUUUCCCAACCUAUUUCCAGAGAAAGAACAAGAUGCAGAAACUCGCUCUUUCGAUGACUUCAGGGAUAAAUAUAUGGAGAAAGAGAAGCUGAAGGAGGAAGGUGACCCCAGACGAGGUGGAGUCCCUGAUUGGUUUGGACUUUGAUGCAACAAGCCAGCUGCUUUCUUUUAUGCUCAGAGGGAUUUUGAUUAGCACAAGUUCCACUCUUGUCUUCUCUUCUUCUCUUCUUGUAAUGACCGAAUGUUUAUUCUUGAGCAGCCCUUGCUAGCAUGUCUUUUUCUCUGGCUGUUUGUACAUGACUACAACAAAACGGCCCUGAAGAAAUAAAAAGGUAAAACAAA